AUGGCGGAAGUUGCAGCCACAGUGAUCACGUCCCUAGCUGAGGAUUAUCUGUUGAAGGAGAAACUUCAAUUGAAUGGUGCUUCUGAGGAAACCCUUUUUGUUGAAGGAGACAGUAAUAAUGAGCAAGCCAGGAAAAUUCUUGUUGGUGAAGGUGAAAGCUCGGAUGAAGAAAAACUAGAGAUUAAGCUUGAGACAGCACCAGCAGAUUUUCGAUUUCCAACUACUAAUCAAACGAGGCAUUGUUUUACCCGAUAUAUUGAGUAUCACAGGUGUAUUGCUGCAAAGGGUGAAAGUGCUCCAGAAUGUGACAAAUUUGCAAAGUACUAUCGAUCUCUUUGCCCUGGAGAAUGGGUUGAGAAAUGGAAUGGGCAAAGGGAGGAUGGCACAUUUGCAGGACCAUUAUAGAUUUUUCCUGUUGAAUAAAUCGGCAUGACAAUUCAGUAAGGUUCAGA